AUGGCAGCCGGUCGCGACGUUUUACUGCAUCUUAGACUGAACUUACUCGUAGGGGAAACAUGCCUGAGAAAAGUGCUUGCUGAGUGGACGUUAGUCCUGUCCAUCGUCAAGCACCAGUCCUGUUGUCCAUCGUCAGCCCUGCUAUCCAUCGUCAGUCCUGCUGUCAAUCGUCUGUCCUGCUGUCCAUCGUCAGUGCUGCUGUCCAUCGUCAGACCUGCUGUCCAUCGUCAGUCCUGUUGUCCAUCGUCAGUCCUGCUGUCAAUCGUCAGUCCUGUUGUCCAUCGUCAGUCCUGCUGUCCAUCGUCAUUCCUGUUGUCCAUCGUCAGUCCUGCUGUCCAUCGUCAGCCCUGCUGCCCAUCGUCUGUCCUGUUGUCCAUCGUCAGUCCUGCUGUCCAUCUUCAAUCGCCCUGUCCAUCGUCAGUCCUGUUGUACAUCGUCAGUCCUGUUGUCCAUCGUCAGUCCUCCUGUCCAUCGUCAGUCCUGUUGUCCAUCGUCAGCCCUGCUGCCCAUCGUCUGUCCUGUUGUCCAUCGUCAGCCCUGCUGCCCAUCGUCUGUCCUGUUGUCCAUCGUCAGUCCUGUUGUACAUCGUCAGUCCUGUUGUCCAUCGUCAGUCCUCCUGUCCAUCGUCAGUCCUGUUGUCCAUCAUCUGUCCUGCUGUCCAUCGUCUGUCCUGUCAAUCGUCAGACUUUCUAUCUAUCGUCUACAUCAAAUGGUCCGCCUGUCCAUCAUCUAGCCUCCUGA